CUGUAGGAUCGUCAGCCAUGGUGGCAUUGUGUGUCCUGGUGUGCCGGAGCCAGUCCCAGAAGAGAGGGGAGGCUGAGCCCAGAGCGCGGGGUUGCUUCAGCAGGGAAGACUCCCUUCCCCCUGCUUCAGGCUGCUGAGCACUGAGCAGCGCUCAGAAUGGAAGCCAUCGCCAAAUAUGACUUCAAAGCCACUGCAGACGACGAGCUGAGCUUCAAAAGAGGGGACAUUCUCAAGGUUUUGAAUGAAGAAUGUGAUCAGAACUGGUACAAGGCAGAACUCAAUGGGAAAGAUGGCUUCAUUCCCAAGAAUUACAUAGAAAUGAAGCCACAUCCGUGGUUUUUUGGCAAAAUCCCCAGAGCCAAGGCAGAAGAAAUGCUUAGCAAACAGCGGCACGAUGGAGCCUUCCUCAUCCGAGAGAGUGAGAGUGCGCCUGGGGAUUUCUCCCUCUCUGUCAAGUUUGGAAACGAUGUGCAGCACUUCAAGGUGCUCCGAGAUGGAGCCGGAAAGUAUUUCCUUUGGGUGGUAAAGUUCAAUUCUUUGAAUGAGCUGGUAGAUUAUCACAGAUCUACAUCCGUCUCCAGAAACCAGCAGAUCUUCCUGCGGGACAUAGAGCAGGUGCCACAGCAGCCGACGUACGUCCAGGCCCUCUUUGACUUUGAUCCCCAGGAGGAUGGAGAGCUGGGCUUCCGUCGGGGAGACUUUAUCCACGUCAUGGAUAACUCAGACCCCAACUGGUGGAAAGGGGCUUGCCACGGGCAGACCGGCAUGUUUCCCCGCAAUUACGUCACCCCUGUGAACCGGAAUGUCUAAGAAUCAAGAAGAGAUUAUUUAAAGAAAGUGAAAAUUUUAAACAUGUACAAAAGAUUUAAACCCAUGAGCUGCUUCUAUCAGCAGCCCGUGCAGGAGCUCCGAACACCUGGCUGGGUCACCUGGUGAUCCUCUCACUUUGGUUGGAACUUUGGGGGGGCGGGAGGGGGAGUUGGAUAUAACAAUGCCAAAACUUACCUAUAAAUUAAGAGAGAGUUUUUAUUACAAAUUUUCACCGCUGCUCCUUGUUCUCCUCCUUUGUCCUUUUUUUCUUUGUUUUUUUCUCUUCUGUCCAUCAGUGCAUGACAUUUAAUGCCACAUAUAGUCCUAGCUGAUGCCAUUAAUAAAAGAAAAGAAACAAGUGGGCUGGUAUUUUCUCUAUGCAAAUGUCUGUUUAGUCGGAAUGACUGAGAACAGCCAUGGCUGGGUUCUCCAUUACACAGGAGGGGUGGGGGAAGCCCUUCCUCUGCAGUCCGCCCAGGGAGGCCCCGGAGGACUCUGCCCUGCAGCCCUGCAGCCCUGCAGCCCUGCAGCCCUCCUCCCAGCGUUUUGUCAGAGUUGGAAAUGGAGUGGGGUUGAGAGGAAGGAGCGUUGCCCCUCAUGACUUCCUGAGAAAGUUAGACAAACCUGUGUCUGUUUUCCCUUCCGAAUGUUAUUACUGAGCAUGUUUUUCAUAGUGCCUUUUUCCUUAUUUCAAGGGUUGCUUAUGAGUGGUGUUUAUUUGUUUUAUUUUACGAUAAGUUAAAGACAGUCCAGAGCUUUUCAGCCAAUUUAUCUCCUACUCUGUAAAUAUGUUUCCUUCGGUGGGGAGGGGAGAACAGGUAGAGAAGAGGCCAGCAGAAGAGGAGAAUAUGGGCCUCCUGCCUGUCCAAAGCAGGCGUCAUUAGGGUUCAGCUUUAAUAUUUGUGAGCCCCUGGAGCUGAAGGGACCCACAGCCUGGGUGCCUGGCGUUGCUGCCCCAGGGAGCGAUGUGACAGGCUGCAGCUCUCCCCACACUGGACUGGAUCUGGCCGAGAGGGGUCAGCAUCCUCGACCUUGCCGUCUCAGGUGUUGUCUGUCCCCUGUCUUAAUCCCCAGAGACCCCCGACUCAAAUCCCUAGAGUCAGCAAAUUUCGACCAAGGAAAGCCCGAGGAAUUCUAACUGUCCCUGUACACCUGUAUCAGGAUAUACCGCAUUCCUACACUGGGGUACAAUACGUCUUCAUCUUUCUUGCUCUGAAAAUCAGGGGUGUCUGUUCAUGCCUUUUAUCUUUUGUGUCCCCACCUAACGUGCCCAGGUGAGCCUUAGGGCAGCGUUCAAGAAGCAGCUGGGUGGUUUUCAUUGUCUCCAUUCACAGCGGGCUGUGUUGAUAGCUGCUCCACCCCAGCCCCCCAAAGGAAAUGCCUCCAUGAAGCAGGGAGAGCGGGAAGGGAAGACUGGAAAUCUGGGAAGACCGAGUCCACGGGAGACUGCCCACCUCCUGUCGGCUCGUCUGCGAGGGAGGUGCCUGUGAGCUUUCUCCACCCAGCCCCUUCCCACCACAGCCGGCCGGGAGCCGGUGCCGACCUUGGGUGCUGAUGUGGUCUUCAGCGGCUCCCUGGACUCUGGUCACGGAGCCGGGCUCAGGCCCAGGAGGCGGCUGCUGCUCUGGACAGAAUUCGGCCGCCUCGCUCCUCCCCGACAGCUUUCCUCGCUGAUGACAGGAACCUGGCGUUCUGUACCUGGGCCGUCUGAUUGUUUUAUUUUGGAAUUGGUGUAUAUCAUGAAGCCUUGCUGAGCUACGUUUUGUGUGUAUAUAUUUAAAAAAAAAUCAGUGUUUAAAUAAAAAGACCCAUGUACUUAAUCCUUUAACUCUGCGAAUAGAAUUUGGUAGGUAGUGAUUAACUGUGAACAAUAAACAUACAGUGACUUCUUCA